AUGCAUUCUUACAGGGAGACUUGUCAUAAGAAGUUUACAUGGCCUUACCAUAAGGUUUCCAAAGACAGGGAGAGCAGAAGUCAAAGUGUAUUUGAUUAUUCCUUGUUCACUAAGAAGUCUGGGGUUCACAUUGUUGAGAUUUUAAUCUAUGUAGAUAAUCUGCUUCUUACUAGUAGUAGUAAGGUUCUUAUUGAUGAGGCAGAAAUUGUUUUGCAUCAGGAGUUCAAAGUAAAAGACUUGGGAGAGUUAAGAUACUUUCUUGGAAUUGAAGUUAUAAGAUCUAAGCAUGGUAUUCUCCUUAACCACAAGAAAUACACACUUGAGCUCAUUUUUGAAAUGGGUAUUAGUGUAGCCAAGCCAGCUGUCACACCUCUUGAGGUUAAUCAGAGGUUGGCUUCUGUAGAAUUUGACAAAAUUGCAGGUCUUCAAAGUUCAGAUCCCUUGGUGGAUGUCACUAGUUACCAAAAACUAAUUGGGAAAUUGUUGUAUCUUACACUGACAAGACCUGAUAUUUGUUAUGCAGUACAAAGCCUCAGUUAG